GGAAUCCUUUGUGGGGUUCCCCAACAUACAACAAUCGAGGAAAAAUAAUAGAACACAUAAUCAACCAAUCGGACCUUUUCUUAAUAAACGACGGUAGACCAACCCACUUUUCAACGCACGGGACACUGACCCAUGUAGACAUUACAUGCUGCUCAGCUAGCUUGCUCCCGAUCAUCAAAUGGAAUAUCUUAGAGGAUCUUUAUCACAGCGACCAUUUCCCGAUAAUCACCACAAUCAAUUUGACACACAACACCGAAAAACACCACACUGAAAAGAAAUUCCUACUCAACUUUGCUGAUUGGGCAAAAUUCAGUCAAUCCGUCGAAGAGGAACUUUCGGAGAGACCGAUUUCUGUAAACAUUAAUCAAGAAGCAAAUAAUAUUACAAAGGCAAUUCGUGUAGCAGCCAACCUUUGGAUCCCUCAAUCCUCUCAGAAGACCAGAACCCAUGUCCCCUGGUGGAACCAGACUUUAGCAAAUCUCCGCAACCAAAAAAUGACAGCAUGGCAUCUUUUUCGAAAAUCUCCAACAGAACAGAAUCUUCUUGAAUACAAAAAACGUAAUGCUAUCUUCCGCAGGGAAAUGAAGCAAACAAAAAAAUCUAGCUUCGAAAAUUUGCAAAAAGCAUAAACAUAAACUCAUCAUCGCAGGAAUUAUGGAACAAAGUGCGGAGGCUAACAAAUCAAAAUACACAAACGUCAAUAGCAGCAAUUCAAACACCACAAGGAACAACAACGGAAACGCGAACAAUAGCCCACCUCUUUGCUCACAACUGGUCUCAAUGCUCGAACGACAACAAUUUUCCUAAUCAAUUCAACCAGGCAAAAAAAUCAAAUAUAUCGCCAAACCAAACAACUAAUCCAACAGCAAUGAAAAUGGAAGUGCAUAUUUCCAUGGAUGAAAUGUAUUCCACCCUAAAAAGUACUAAAGGAAAAACACCAGGUUUUGAUCGCAUCUCAUACAGCAUGAUUAAACACUUGAACUUAUCCACAAAAACGAGACUUUUGACACUGUACAAUAAUAUUUUCCAAUCAGGCAUUAUUCCCCAAAACUGGAAAGCGGCAACCAUCAUCCCUCUCCCAAAACCUCAGAAAGACCUCAACCUUCUCGGAUCCUACAGACCCAUCUCGCUAAUUUCGUGCCUGUCGAAAUUAGUAGAGAAAAUAGUCGCGACACGUCUAGUCUGGUUUACAGAGGCAAAAAGGCUCAUCUCAUCCAACCAGGUCGGUUUUCGACCAGGAAGGGGAUGUACGGAUGCCCUGCUACACAUCGACUACAAUGUGGCAAAAACGCUAUCAGCCCAUAACCACAUUUCAAUAUUAUCACUAGACUUCGAAAAAGCGUUCGACAGAAUAGGAGCUCACGUCAUUCUAGAGAAACUACAUCAGUGGGGAGUUGGACCCAAGAUCUUCAAUUUUGUAAAAUCAUUCCUCCAAAAUAGAAAAAUUCGAGUCAGGGUAAACGGUAUUUACUCCAAAUUAUAUCCUUUAACGAAUGGUAUUCCCCAAGGAUCGCCGCUUUCAGUACUCCUCUUUUCAAUCGCGUUUAACGAAAUAAGCACUAUAAUACAGAAACACAAGCUUGUUAACCACUGUAUCUAUGCCGACGAUUUAUUUAUACUGUGCAACGAAAAGAACAAUAGCGAGUCAAAUAAAAUUUUAAGAAAUAUUCUGAAAGAAAUUGAUGACUGGACCUUAAGAUCAGGUGCGAAAAUUUCCCUCGAAAAAACAAAAAAACUUCAUAUUUGUAAAAAACUAAAAUGCGAUUCCAAUAGUCACUCAAUAGAAUUGAAGCAACAAACUAUCGAGAAUGUGGAUGAACUGCGAAUACUAGGUUUAAUAUUCACAAAAAACUACACAUGGAAACGGCAUCUUUUAAAACUAAAGAGGGAUCUACUCUCCAGACUUAGUUUAAUAUCGUAUUUGUCAUAUAAAGGAUAUGUCCACAUAAACACACUCAUACACAUCACAAAAACUAUAAUCCUGCCAAUGUACCACAAGGCGAUCAGAACCAGCCUAUUCGCUUUUCGCACCACCACGACAAAUAACCUCUUCAUUGAAUCUGGCUUGCCCACACUAGAGGAACAUAUACAGAAUGUCAACACUAGCUUAAUACCAAAAGUUUUAUUUUUAAAUACAUCUAUAAUAUCCGAAGACGUAAAAAAACUGGUACUAUCCAAACGAACAUUCAACGUUACUCCUUCAUUGCUCCGAAUUAUCAAACUAUGCAACAAGUACAACUUGGAAGUAAAACCACAUAGACUACGAAGUUACAACCCACCGUGGACUCUUGACAGCCAAUGUUGCGAUAUUACACUACACACCCACAAAAAAGAUAACACCCCAAAUUCAAUAUUCAAACAAAUCUUCCUCGAAAAGGCGAACACUUACAAUAAGAGCGGCUGGCAAAUUAUCUUUACUGAUGGGUCUAAAACACAAAAUAGCGUUGCUUUCAGUAUAACAUCGGAAACAGGCUCCUGCAUUAGCAUGAAAUCAAUGUUCCCUUUCUCUUCAGUCUUCUCGGCAGAAGCAGCAGCUAUACACGAAGCUAUAGUAUUUUCCCUUCACAAAAAAACAAAAACUGUGAUAUGUUCAGACAGUCUUUCGGUGUUACAAGCAGUUAGAAAUCCAAUCUGUAACAAUUGGGAAACAAUUAAUCAAAUAAGAGAUAUGUUAAUAAAGAACAAGAAAACGCUUAAGCUCCUAUGGGUUCCAGGACACGCAGAAAUUGACGGUAACACCUACGCCGAUGAAGCUGCAAAAUUUGCUUGCAAUGCACCAAUAAUACGCACCCCAAAAAUCGAAAAGCUUGAUAUAAAACGCCAUAUCAAAACGCUUAUAAUACACGAAACACGCCAACUGCGUAGCAGCCACAAACAUUAUCACUAUACUAACAUUAACAAAGAUGGUACUCCUCCACAAUACCCAACAAAUAUACAUGGUUUCAAAACCAGAAUCUUUUCACGAUUGCGUCUCGGGCACACCACACAAACCCACGAAUAUAUCUUGAAAAAGGAAAAUCAACCAAUCUGCAUCACCUGUAACACAAUCCAAACAUUAGACCACAUCCUCAACAAUUGCCAAAAAUACUACAACACAAAAAAAGCAAUAUUUAACACAGAGAAUAUAAACGACGUCCUAGCUACCCCUAGCUUUGCUAAUAUUGAAAAAAUCGCCAAAUUUAUCAAAGACAUAGAAAUGACAAUCUAAUAAACACAACCUUAAACAACAGUCAAUUCAGAGCUGAUGGUCUCGGCAGCCAAUGCUCAAAUAGAUCAUUUAGUGCUGGUAUUCAUACCAGCAUCUAAAUAAUAAUAAUAAUA